CAAGACGGGUCACCUGUUGCAGUGGCAGCCGCGGCGUCUUAUUGGCUCUGGCCGGAUCCGGAGCCGUCGCCCCUCGCCAAUCCUGCCUCAAGGCUGCGGGGCCCGAGGGGAAGGGGGUUGGGCCGGUGACGGCGGAUUCGUGCCGCCGCCGCCGCCACCACCGCCUCCUCUAGCGUCGAAGCCGGGCCAGGGCGGCCUUGUUGUCGCCACCCCCGGCUCCUCCCCCCACCCUCAACUCCCCGGCAUGGAGCACCGGGGGGGCGGCUUGAGAGAGCAGGAGAGGGCCGGCCAAGAAAGGGAAGGGAAGGCGGCGCCGGCAGCCGCCGCCGUCGCCGCUGAAAGGAAAGUAGAGGCGGCGACAGUGGACGCCGCGGGACCUGGAGACCAGCGCAGCCCGACGGAGGUCGCGGUGGCGCCUCCGGAGCCCGAGACGGACUGGGACUUCAUCGACAUCGACAUGGAGACGGUGUCGGUGCACGCCCUGCCCACCGGCCUCAUCGCUUGCAACGUGCCUUUGGGCGUCUUCUUCGCCGACGGCCCGUGCAGGACCAGAUUUGAAGCUCUCUUUAGAGCAUAUGACAAAGAGGUCACCUUUCAGUAUUUUAAGAGUUUUAAAAGAAUAAGGAUAAACUUCAGCAACCCCUUGUCAGCAGCAGAUGUUAAAAUUCAGUUUCACAAGACGGAGUUCCUUGGCAAGGAAAUGAAGCUCUAUUUUGCUCAGACUUUACAUAUUGGAAGUCCACACUUAGCACCACCAGGUCCAGAAAAGCAGUUCUUGAUUUCGCCUCCAGCUUCUCCUCCUGUUGGUUGGAAACAAGCAGAUGAUCCUACUCCAGUCAUUAAUUAUGACCUUUUAUGUGCUAUCUCCAAACUAGGACCAGGUGACAAGUAUGAACUUCAUGCUGCAACUGAGAGUACUCCCAGUGUUGUUGUCCAUGUGUGUGAUUCUGAUGAGGAAAAAGAGGCAGAAAAAGAGGAAGAAGCAGCUAAGCAACCGAAACCAAAAAUUAUUCAAACCAAGAGGCCAGACUAUACUCCUCCUUACCGAAGCUGAACUCAAAAGAGCUUUCAAGUUUUCCAUAUUGACAUGCUCCAGGCAAGAGACACUGAGGAAAUGGCAGGUUACAGAAUGGAUGACAUGACGUUAGAUGUAAAAGCAGACAUUCUAACGUAAAUAUACUUUCCGAAAGGGAAUGUCUUCGGUGUUUGUUGUUAAUGCUGCAUAUUGGCUGACAAGACAGACCCCUAUACGAACUUUAGAAAUUGUGGUCUUGGAGAAUGGAUGUGAUGGUGGCAUUUCCAGGGGGAAAUAUACACUGUUUUGUUUAGGGAUGUUUUCAGGUACUCUAGACUUGUGUAACGCACCUGGGGAUCCCUUCUCUGUUCAGGAAUCUGUCUUGUUAUAAAUUCCUCUCAUUCAUAAGUUAAAUAUUGUGGCUGCAAUUCUGAAAUACACUCAAUGGUGAAUACAUCCCCUUGGAAUCAGCAGGGCAUGCAAAUUAGCGUUCUUGGGAUUGCAGCUUAUAAAUAGCACAUAGUAAGAUAGAGUUGGUUUUAAAGAUCAAGUAAUAAUCACUUUUCAUAUUGGAUUUUGUGUAUGCAUGUAAAUCUUCCAAAGUAAGUUUGCUUAAUUUUCUCUGUACUGUCUCAUUUUACAUGGUUGAGAAAAACUAUCUCAAAUCCUGACUUCCCAGGUUUCUUUCUGAAUUAUGUUUGUACUGGCAUUCAUUUUUUCAGUGGGAACACAUUUUAAUUAACACAUCUAAGUUUGGUGCAAUAUCCCUUUUUAAUGUUGUUAACUGCCAAUGUAUGGUUUUUCUCAAAAACCUAUGAAAUAUUUGUGCACAUCUUGAAUGGGUGGACUAUAUUAAGUUAUUCUUAAUGAAAUUAUUUAUAUUGGUUUAAACCAUCUUGGCUUCUUUAACCAAUGAUAAGAAGUACCAGAAAUAAAGCUGGUUCUGUAUUGUUACAUUCACAACCGUAAGAGCAUAUAAGCUGUAUUGUCCUAGCCACAAACCUGUACAUUGAUAGCUGUUGCUGUUAAAUGUUGUUAAUGGUGCUUGAGCACAUCUAGUGUAUAAACAAAUGUGAAACGUGGCAUUUGAGAAGAUGGAGUGCCUUUUUUUCUCCUGAAUCCCCGAAGAACUGUUGCACUAGCUGAAAGCUUUUACCUUUUUAUAUCUAGAUAGAUAUUGGCAGUAAAUACCUGAUAUAAAUGUGUUCUGCCUAGGCAUCAUGGAGCAUAGUAUAUUAUUAUUUGCAGUGCUUGAUGCCAAGCCCUAAUGCAUUAUUUCAGAGCAUUGCUGUAGGGGCAACAUCCUGUUAGCUACUGCUAAAAGGCCAGCAGCAAAUGAUGUUCAAACUCUUUUUGUACCAAGUUUACAAAGCAAAUCUUAACUGCACAUUGACACCCCACUUCAAGGGUUUCUAGGCAUUUCCUUUUAAAAUGGAUGCUUGAAAUGAAUUUUAAGAGGCUUUUAAAAAUAAACGCUUUCCACAAUU